UGCUGAUGGGAGCGCGCACAGCGGCACCAUCGCGCCCGGAGAAACGGGAUAAACCUGGAAGAGAAGCGAGCAAACGCAACACUACGCAGGUACGGUUGGCAGCGGAGGGGUGGGGACAAUUAAUAUAAAAAAAAUGGGGUUAACGGAACAGUUGAUUUGCUUCAACCGGAUCUCACCGCUUGCUCGCGUUGUCUGAGAAAACUCCGAUGUGGUGGCCGCUCGCGUUUUGCGCUUUUUCUCCUUUCUCUCGGAGCGCCGCUGAUACAAAGGCGCUCGGUCCGGAGCAGCAGCGGCACCUGGGAUCGCUGCCGCAGGAAUGGAGGAGCUGUGAACGGACCCACUUUCACGGACAAACGCGCAAUGCCAGACACGGGCAGUGAGUAAACCCUCAGCGGGAUUAAAAGCACUUUCUCAUUCUUCUAGACACCAUUGUCACCCCCUCCUUCCCCCCCAUGCGCGAGGACAGACAAUGUCAUUGUGUCAAGGCUGAGAUUUUUUUGGGGGAAAAAAAACCCUUUUUUUUUAAAGGGUCCCUUUCUGGAAUAAUUCACGGAUGAGGAAAAGCCGCAUGAGAGCGCCGCUUUUUAUUCCCCCUGACCCCGCGCACGUCCCCAGCCGUCCCUCUGCCCGACCGGCCGGUUCCUCUGGUUCACAUUGGGAUGCGUCGUCGCAUCUGCGCAGCGCACGACGAGCGUCAGCACUCGCGCGGUGUGUCUCUGAGCGGCUCACCUGAAGGCCCGUGUCCAAACGCGGUCCCUGCUCUCUGACCGCGGGUCAGACCAUUGUUGUCCCCAACCGGGCCCUCAAAGGACAAAAGCCCUUGGCUUCAUUCAUCCCGUGUGUGUGUGUGUGUGUCUGUGUGUGUGAGCCGGUUGCAGGAAUAAAUUAGGCACAGUAUGGUGGAGCCGGUGGGAUUUACCGAGGCGUGGAAAGCGCAAUUCCCAGAGUCCGAGCCCCCCAGAAUGGAGCUGCGAUCGGUCGGGGGUAUCGAGCAGGAGCUGGAGAAGUGCAAAGCUUCCAUCCGGCGCCUGGAGCAGGAGGUGAACAAGGAGCGCUUCCGCAUGAUAUACCUGCAGACCCUCCUGGCCAAGGAGAGGAAGAGCUAUGACAAGCAGCGGUGGGGCUUCAGGAGGACGCCGCUGAACGAGGGCAUGGAUCCCGCCGCCACGCAGGGCGCCGAGUGCCAGUCCCAGCAGCCGCACAUGCAGGAGACUGGCGGAGUUGGAGUAGGAGUAGUUGGCGGAGUGUAUGGCGGCAGUAUGGAGAGGAGCCGUUAUCAGCCACUUGGAGACGGAGCCGGGAGGUCCAAACCCAGACCCCCGCCGGCCAGGAAGUCGGCCUCCCACGGGGACGGGCUGGAGUCGGCCUUCGAGGUGCCGCAGCAGGCCGAGUCGACGUCCUGUGACAACCUGGAUGGCCUUUCGCCGUCCAAGCAGAGAGGCGGCAUCUCCGUCUCCCCCCGCAGACUCAACGUUCCGCCCACGGACAAGGACCUGCCCUCCGACCCCAAGGACAAGCUGGGCAUGGGCCUCGGCGUGGCGGCCCUUCGGUCCAACUUUGAGAGGAUCAAACGGGCCAACUCUCACUCUGUGGGUGAUGUUGCAAAGGGCCAGGAGAAGCAGCAGCAGCAGCAGCUGCCGCCGCCACCGCCGCCGUUCUACUCUAACAUGGAAUUCCACCACGAGAGGGGUUUGGUCCGGGUCAACGACCGCGACGUUUCCGACAAGAUCAGCUCACUGGGCACCCAGGCCAUGCAGAUGGAGCGAAAGAGAUCCCUCCACUCUCUCCCCGGUAACCUGGCAACGGCGGCAGGGGAGCUCCGCGCCAGGCCGGUGUACAGAGGCCGUUCCACUGAGAGCACCUGCGGCUAUGACGCCGAGUACGAAGACGGGGAACCCAACCAGCGACACGCAGGGCGGGCCAACGGGGGCAAACCUCCACCCCCUCCAUGGCAGCCCUCGGAGUUCCAGGCCUACUCCAGCGUCUAUGUCGGCGGGGUGAUGAUGGGCGAAGGUGGCGUUGGAGACGGGAGAGUCGGAGGCGGGAGUGGUGGCGGAGUCACAAUGAGAGAACUCGGAGGAGGUGACGACCACCUGCUGACCUGGCCGCGCCGUUCCUACUCCCCCGGGAGCUUUGAGGAUGUCGGUGGAGGCGGCGGCUACACGCCGGACUGCAGCUCCAACGAGAACCUGACGUCUAGCGAGGAGGACUUCUCCUCGGGACAGUCCAGCCACGUCUCGCCCAGUCCCACCACGGCCUUCCGCCGGCCCUUUAGAGAGAAGAGCCGCUCGCCGUCCCAAAACUCCCAGAACUCCCAGCACUCCUUCGACAGCAGCAGCCCUCCGACGCCUCAGUCCCAGAAGCGGCAGCACCGGCAGCAGGGAGGCCACGUGGUCAUGUCUGAAGCCACUAUUGUGAGCGUUCGCAAGACCGGUCAAAUCUGGCCACCUGGUGCCCAUCAUGACCUCGUGCCUCACGGUAGAACGUCCCAUGACAACAGUUUCCAUGGAGACCACCUAGAUGGUCAUUUCACCGGGACGCCCCCCACCUACGGUUACGACGCGGACCGCGCGGAGGAGCAGCGGAGGCACCACGACAUCCUGCCGUACAUCGACGACUCGCCGUCGUCUUCGCCGCACCUCAGCUCCAAGAGCCGCAGCAGUCGGGACACCCUGUCCUCCGGGUCGCUGGAGUCCUCCAAGUCGACCGAAUGCGACCUGGAGAAAGGCUUGGAGAUGAGAAAGUGGGUCCUCUCUGGCAUCCUGGCCACCGAGGAAACAUACCUCAGCCACCUGGAGGCCCUGCUGCUGCCCAUGAAGCCUCUGAAGGCCGCGGCUACGACGUCGCAGCCGGUGCUCACUCUGGCGCAGAUAGAAACGAUCUUCUUCAAAGUGCCCGAGCUCUACGAGAUCCACAGGGAGUUCUACGACGGACUUUUUCCUCGCGUUCAGCAGUGGGGCCACCACCAGAGGGUCGGAGACCUCUUCCAGAAGCUGGCCAGCCAGCUUGGAGUCUACCGAGCAUUCGUGGACAACUACGAGCUGGCAGUGGAGACAGCGGAGAAGUGCUGCCAGGCUAACACACAGUUUGCUGAAAUCUCUGAGAACCUGAAGGUGAGAAGCCCAAAGGACUCGAAGGACCAGACAGCCAAGAACUCUUUAGAAGCGUUGCUGUAUAAACCAGUGGACCGAGUGACUCGCAGCACAUUGGUUCUCCAUGACUUGCUCAAACACACGCCCACCAGCCACCCGGACCACCCGCUUCUGCAGGACGCCCUGCGGAUCUCCCAGAACUUCCUGUCCAGCAUCAACGAGGAGACCACGCCCCGGCGGCAGUCGAUGACUGUCAAGAAGGGAGAGAGCCGCCAGCUUCUGAGGGACAGUUUCAUGGUGGAACUAGUGGAGGGAGCCAGGAAGUUGCGGCACGUUUUCCUCUUCACCGAUCUGCUGCUCUGCGCCAAGCUGAAAAAACAAAUCGGAGGUAAAAACCAGCAGUAUGACAGUAAGUGGUACAUUCCCCUGACUGAGCUGACCUUCCAGGGCCCCGAGGAGACCGAGCCCCUCACCAUCCCCCAGGUCCCCGACGAAGAGCUCGACGCCAUAAAGGUCAAGAUCUCACACCUCCGCUGUGAGAUUCAGAGAGAGAAGAGAGGCAACAAGAGUUCAAAGGUCAUCGACCGUCUCAGGAAGAAGCUGACCGAACAGGAGUCGCUGCUCCUGUUGACGUCUCCGAGCCUUCCCAUCAGGGUGUACAACAAGAGCGGCAAGGGUUACAGUUUCCUGAUUUCGUCCGACUAUGAACGUGCAGAGUGGAGGGAGUUAAUGAAGGAGCAGCAGAAGAAAUGUUUGAAAACGUCCUCCUUGACGUCUGUGGAGCUGCAAAUGUUGACCAACUCCUGCGUCAAGCUGCAGACUGUCCACCACAUUCCACUUAGCAUCAACAAAGAAGAGGAUGAAUCCCCCGGUCUCCACGGGUUCCUGAAUGUAAUCGUCCACUCUGCCUCCGGCCUCAAACAGAGCUUGAAUCUCUACUGCACAUUGGAGGUGGAUUCCUUCGGGUUCUUUUCAAGUAAAGCCAAGACGAGAGUGUAUCGAUACACCACUGAACCCAAGUGGAACGAGGAGUUUGAGAUUGAGCUGGAGGGCUCUCAGACCCUGAGGCUGCUCUGCUAUGAGAAGUGCUACAACAAGACCAGGCAGAACAAAGAGGACGGAGAGAGCGCAGACCGCAUCAUGGGGAAAGGACAGAUCCCGCUUGACCCUCCGACUCUCCAAGGCAAAGACUGGCAGAGGACAGUUAUUCCCAUGAACGGGAUCGAGGUUAAACUUUCCAUGAAGUUCACCAGCCGAGAGUUCAGUCUGAAGAGGAUGCCCUCACGGAAACCCAUGGGCGUGUUUGGUAUCAAGAUCUCCGCAGUGACCAAGAGAGAGCGCUCCAAGGUGCCCUACAUCGUGCGGCAGUGCCUGGAGGAAAUCGAAAGGAGGGGUAUGGAGGAGGUGGGCAUCUACAGAGUGUCAGGAGUGGCCACUGACAUCCAGGCCUUGAAGACCGCCUUUGACACCAAUCAUAAAGAUGUGUCAGUGAUGAUGAGCGAGAUGGACGUCAACGCCAUCGCUGGGACCUUGAAGCUGUACUUCCGAGAGCUGCCAGAACCGCUCUUUACCGAUGACCUCUACCCCAGUUUCGCGGGCGGCAUCACCCUGUCGGAUAGUGUUGCCAAAGAAAGCUGUAUGUUAAACUUACUUCUGUCGCUGCCUGAGCCCAACCUGGUCACGUUCCUCUUCCUCUUGGAUCACCUGAAGAGGGUGGCAGAGAAGGAAGGCAUCAACAAGAUGUCUCUCCACAACCUGGCGACGGUGUUCGGGCCGACCUUGUUGAGACCUUCCGAGAAGGACAGCAAGAUCCCCACUAACCCCACCCAACCCAUCAGUAUGGGGGACAGUUGGUCCUUGGAGGUCAUGGCGCAGGUCCAAGUGUUGCUGUAUUUCCUCCAGCUUGAGACGAUCCCCACCCCGGACAGUAAAAGACAGAGCAUCCUCUUCUCCACUGAAGUAUAGAGCCAACCGUGACAUUCUACAAUGAAGGAGUUCAGCAGAGUCGGACCGCGGCUCAAAGUGAGCCUACAGUAAUAUGUUUUUGCAUUAACUUAGCAGAUUUCAUGAGGCUUACGCAGCUGGAGAGGAUCGUUUCUGACGUUUGGUUGCCUCCCUCAAACACUGGAGGGCGCCAUCGGUCUUCAAAGCUCGGAGGCGGCGUAACUAGCAACGGUUACCUGAUAUUUAAUAUGAUUCGUUCCACCUACAGUGAGGAUGUGGGUGCACUUCUCCACCGUGCUCCAUGCCGGUCUGAACAUUGAAAAUUGUCGAAAUCAAUCCAUAAUAGAACAGAAUACGUCUUUCUUGAUUGUUGAUUUAGUCCGCCAACAAAAUUCCACUUACCUGUUAGUUUGGGCGCCAUCCUCUAUUUGUGUUUUACUUCGGACAAUCAUCAGCUCUCAAGACAGAAUAUUCUGAUCCCUCUCAAGCGUUGCUUCAUGUCCUGCCGUGGGAAGUUCUAACCGUGUCUUGCGUAGCCUCGGAACAUUGUUACGGAGGAGACGAGAAGAAACAUUCGUGCUGUUUGUAGAGGUUUAAAAUCACCCAGAGCUGCCACGGUUCUGGCUUUUGUUAAGAAAGCCAACGCCGGCGUGUCACAUGUUUACAACGUAAACAAACCCAAAAGGCUGCAGCUUGAAAAGGGACCACGAAACAUUUGAGAAGGAACAUCGUGAUCAGUAAGCGAUCUGACUGCCCGCGUUGUUCAAGACCUUAAAGGAAAACUUGUCUUUUUUUUGUGUUGUUUGUGUAUCAAGGUAGUCUUCAGCUUGGAUAUGGAGGAAGCAAUAUAUUUUCUAACAUAGGAACUGUCUGUGUUCAUACCUUUGCGGACGAAAACGUGCUUGUUAAUGUAACAUAGAACAUCCUGCCAAAUGAAUAUCUUGAUCGUUUGUUUCUAGGAGCAAAGGAAGCAGUUGUAUUUACGGACACAGUGUGUACAUAAUCUUAAAGUUGUAUUUUUUUUUCCCUUUCUUUUUGGUAAACAGUAUAGUCAUUGUUGCAAUUAUUGUAAUUUAUUUUGGGAGGUCCAGGGGGAGAAAUUGAUUUGUUUCUUUUUCCACGUGAACUUUGUUUCGAUUUGAUUCUGAAAGUCCCGCAGCAAAUAAGCAGGAUUUAGCCUUGUUCUUAUAGAAUUUACUCAGCUGUUCUAUCUGGCCUAUCGAUUAUUCAUUUACACGUUGUUAUUAACGGCUACACACACAUUGUAGUUACAUUACUGUACGCUGCUGCUGCUGUUGGAAAAGUCGCCGGCUCUUUUAACGCCGCGUGUUCCUCAGCAGAACGUCUCACGCGCAUAAUGUCCAGUGUAUGCAUUAUGCAAUGUCAUAAUACGGGCACACACACUCACUAACACAUGACAUUUAAUCUGUGGCGGCAGAAGUGCACUCAUGUGAUGUUAGAACUACUGUAUUACAAUUCAAGUAACCUGAGAGCACUCUGCAUUUAUGUCCAUUGAAGAGCAUAUUUGUUUGUUUAAUGAAGGAAUAUUAUUUUGUUUCAUCUUCUCCUGUAAUCUUUUUUUGUAAUCUCAUGCAUUUGUUCUUCCCGUUAAGCCUAAAGGUUUCCAACUCAAUGGGGAGUUUAAAGGAAAGAUCUCAGAAAUUCUGUUGAUUAAAAAAAAUAGACGUUUUAAUUUCUGUGUUCUUGAUUUAACAUGCGGGCAUGUUUUAUUGUUGUUGCUUUAUUUUUUCAUUUUGUUUGUUUGUUGCUGUCUUUUUCACAAAUGUGUCACCAUAAACUUUGGGAUGUUGGCAACUGGUGAGAAUGUUGGUUUACAUCAUUACAGCGCGUCAUUUUUCUGGUCAAUAGGACGGGUUCACAAAAGAUGUGAAACUAUCCUUUAGGGGUCAACAUCCUUGUUGGUUUUCUGUAUCAGUCACAAGUAUAACACCUUAAACAACUAACCAGUUCAACAAUGUGAUCAGAGCUUGUGUCCGACUUUAAGAGUAAACAAGUACAUGUUAAUAAUAACACAUUUUAAAGUCUUUCCUUUUGGAUCCAUAUCAACUCUCUUGAUAUCAAGUAAUUUACACUCUUACAUACGUGAUAAUAUAGGCUGAAAAAAUGAUUACUGUAUCGACCCCAGAAAUAACACUGUCGAGAUUGUAUCCUAAAAGUCUUCAUGCCUUUUUAUGUGCUUUCACAAAUCUUGGCCUGUUGUAGCAUGCGCACAAUGUUUCACCAUCGUAUGUGAGACAGAGAAUGAAUCCACCAUCCAUCCAUCCGUCCGUCCAUCCAUCCGUCACCUCUAUGACAGGUCCCGGUUGCCUACACUAUUCUACCCUAUCGUGCCUCAACACUUUUCUUUGGUUUUUGCCGCAUGUGGUAUUUCCGAAACGUUGUUCAGUCUCCUGUUGCCUUUGCUGAGGACGGCCACACACCUUUUCCUCUUUGAGAGACUAAGACAGGACCUUAACCUUAAGCAUGGUCUUAGCUCGUACUGUACUCGCCACCUUUAUCUGACUGUGAUGCUGUAAUUUAAACUCCGUCAGUCUUAAUUGGGCAAAAGACAGACUUUCUUGCUCUUCUUGUUUGGCUCUUAACAUUUCCACUUUAAUGCCUUUUAUUCUUAUUUAUUUAUUUUUCCCUGUUAAGUAUGAGAAGGUUUACUGGAUCUAUUUAUUUAUGAUAUAUCACCUAAAGCUAAAAUUAUGUUAGAAAAAUGGUCUUUAUGUGGUGUGUUUUCUUUGGGGAAAUUUAAGUCCCCAUUUAUUGAACAUCCUGUUAAGGUUACAACAUGUUUGUCACUGUUUUGUCCAAGAAUCACAACCUCUGUUGUGCGACACUGCAAACACUUCUGCAGUGUCGCACAACAGACGGACCACUGUGAUCGUUCAGCCAUCUGAUUUAGAUCCAUUUAGAUUCAGUGAGUUCACGCAACACAAACCAAUCAUUUUCCAUGGAGUUGUAUAAUAUGUAUUAUACUAGAGAGUACAUUAUUUGGUUUGCGUUUUAUUUAUUGUGGCGUCCACUGGCGCGUUGUCGUCGAGGGUUGAGUUGGCACACCAAACUGUCAGUGUGUGGUAGAGGACAAGAGUCUUAUAUUGCUCUAAAAUCUGCAUUGUUUUUGGUUUGUUGAUUGUCAGUGUAACUUGCAUGUAUCCUCCAUAACCUCAGUCCUUCUGUACAUUCAAAAUAAAUACAGUAGAAAUGGUUACAUUUUUCUGUGGAAUAGCCUGAAGAUAUGGAACAUAUUGCUCUAAAUGAAAGUUACAAAUCUCGUCCAUUUAUUGUACACGACUCUGGUUAUUACCACAUGCAAUAGUUAAUACUAUCAAAUGACCCUCAACUGCCACUUCUACAGCAUCUAAAUGACUAAAUCGGACUACUUUAACCUUUUUAAACAUGAUAGUUUUGUUUCUACACUUAACAAAUAAAACUGAGGACUUGCUGACCAACUACUUUUUACCCUCCUCGAUUUUUUGAGCUUGUGUUCCUGUUCAACACACAAUGUUCUGCUUGUAGAACUGUAAAAAGGAAUUCCAUAAUCUGAGGGCAAACGUGUUUGGAAGGCAUUUGCUGCCUGUUUGUACACAAAAAUGUUAAAUAAAAUCUCCUUGUAACUACAUA